AUGGCAAGUAUUCGAGGGUUCUUCAGAGGAACUCCAGCUGGAUCUGACUUCCGCUUUACCGAUAGUGAGAAGAAGCAAAUAAAAUCCAUGAAAUUCCCUGAGAACUUCAAUGAAAAGGUUGAUAUGAGUAAAGUCAAUCUUGAAAGCAUGAAGGGUUGGAUCGCUAAGGAAAUAAACAGUAUUUUGGGUUUUGAAGACGAUGUUCUAAUCGAUAUGAUUUAUAAUUUGUUAUCACUGGAUGAAAAAGUGGAUCCCAAGCACAUUGAAGUCACAUUGAUUCCCUUCUUAGAACGAAGUGCUAUCGGGUUUACCGAAAAGCUGUGGUCCUUACUGCUUUCUGCCCAAAAAGAUCCUUUAGGAAUUCCUCAAGAGUUCGUGGAGCAGCGAAUGGAAGAGCUCAAGAAGCAGAAGGAAAAAGAAGCUGCUACAAAGGCGAAAAUCGAAUCUUCGAUCACAGAAGCCAAAGCGACAGCAUCACCCACGGAAGAUGCUGAUCAUGCCAAGGUUGUUUCGGAUAACUCUCGUUUAAAGCCGAUUUUGAAAAGACGGUCACGGAGCCGAUCCAGGGAUCGUCCCUAUCGUCGUUCACGAAGUCGAUCAUGGAGACGUGAUCAUCGCUCCAGUCGCUAUGAUCGAAAACGAAGUUAUUCGCGCAGUAAAGACCGAAACCGAAGACAUGGACGACGAUCGCAUAGUCGAAGCCGAAGCCGAAGCCGAAGUAAUUCCUAUGAUUCCUACGAUGCUUCGGAUUCGUAUGGCUCGUAUGAUUCGUAUGACUCCUAUGGAUCGUACAGCGCGAGUCCAGAGAGAAAACCGGAGAAGGAUACAUCGAAGAAGAUAAAGGAAUGA